AUGAUCGUCCGACCCCGCAAUCCGCAGAGGAGAGAUGUCCAGGUCGUGCCUGAAUUUGGCUACCUGGCCUGGCAGACGAGUGCUGAUAACCCCGGCGCUUGGGCUUUCCAUUGCCAUGUUGCGUGGCAUGCCGCUACGGGCAUGACCGUGGAUUUCCUGGAGCAGCCUGGUAAGAUUAAAGAUCUGCCGAUUCCGGCUGCGCUUGACCGGACUGGUAAGGAGUGGAAGGCAGUGGUUGCGAGCAGACAAAUCGAGCAAAUUGAUUCGGGUGUGUAG